GAUUACUUUACUAAUCUUAACCUUUCUUAAAAAUCCCUCUUUUCCUUCUUGGUAGAAAUAUUCCGUCACAGAGAACACAUUUACUUUGUUGUAAGCUCUAGGGAACUUUUUGAUGACAGUGAUCGUCUGGCGCAGAUGGGUUAUACUCGGUUUUGCUGAUGGCACCCAUGUCCUGUGCCAAGGUGCAUUGCAGUCUGUAGUGGCGUUUGAAAUUUUAUCUAUGGAGUCACGGGGAGUUAAAGGAUGAUUGAAAAAUGGACCCGGGAGCAUGUAAAAUGCUGAUAAAUAUUGCUGAAAUGCCGCUAAGACCGAGGUAUUCAGAAUGGGCGGGUGCAUAGGUGUUAGUAGAUCUAGAAAUGAUGGUCCAGUAGAUACACCAGGGAACAUAACGAGACCCAAUACAGGCAAUGCACGAAAAAACCAUCCAUUGUGCCAUGAAACAAUUCGAUGGAAGUCUGAUGUGCCAUUGACAGAAGGACAAUUGCGCAGUAAAAGAGAUGAAUUCUGGGACACUGCACCAGCAUUUGAUGGGCGGAAAGAAAUUUGGGAUGCGUUGCGUGCAGCUGCGGUAGCAUCUGAAUCUCUGGAUUUUGAGCUGGCACAAGCUAUAUUGGAUGGAGCAAACAUAUCAGUUCCUAAUGGAUUCCUGACUGAAUGCUAUGAUGAACUUGGCACCCGUUAUCAAGUGCCUGUAUAUUGUUUAUCAUAUCCGAUUAAUAUUGUUAAGGAAGAUAAUGGAAGAGAUUCACCUGCUGAGUGUUCAGAACCAGUUGAAGGGGGCACAGAAAUGGUGCUUAAAUUACGCCUCUCUUCUAAUUGUGUUGAUAUAAAAUUAACUGUGUCUAGUAAAGACACAAUCGGAAUGGCUAAGAAAAAAUUGCAAAGUCAAGAAGGUUUGGAGCCAUCUCGUCAAAGGUGGUUUUUUGGGGGCAAAUUAUUGGGAGAUAAAUUACGCAUUGAAGAAGCAAAAAUAUCCCCAGGUUAUGUUGUACAAGUGAUAGUGAAUCCAGACCAUAUGUACCGCACAGAGAGUUGAAAGGACUUGUGUUCAAAACCAUGAAGAUGGUGCAUUAUAGUGAUUGGAACAUUUAAAAGUGAAUUUUGAGAUUUCAACAUGGAAGAAAAUUAUAGAAAUGAUGAGGUUCUUGGUUUUAAAAUUUUUGGGUGAUGUUUUUGUGUAUCAUGUUUUACUACUUGUAUAGGAAUUGCCAUUAUUUUGGAACAUGAAAUCAUAUUCAUGAAAAAUACAUUUUAAAAUUUACAGGAAAAAAAAAAGCUUUAGAACUUCAUAUUGAACAAAAUAUUAUUGGAAAGGAGUAAGGUUUUUCCUACAUAACAUGGAUUUUUGUUGCAAUUGUAGGUACUUAAGGUGAAUAGUUUUUUCAAAUGUACUUUUAAAAAAAUUGGUUUGAUAGAUCUGUUUGUAUAUUGUGAUAUAUUUUGCCAUUAUAUCAUCGAGUGCAAUGUUUAUGUAGAGAUCUUGAAUUGCUUGAGAGCUGAAUGAAUCUACAGCACAAUGAAUUAAAAACCUGUGAUUGUUAAAAUAUUCUGAUGUGUGGUAAUACAAUGUUUUACAUUAUAAUUUUCACUAAUGACACUCUUGGCUUCUCAUUUUGUGAGGAUUUCAUAGGUUUGAAGUGUAAUACUAUUUCAGGUAUGUCUGCUACCAAAUUAGAAUUUUGCUGUGAUAACAAUAGAUACAUUAUUGAAAGGAAGUAGUAUCCACAGUUUUGAAUUGAAUUUUAGAUGAAGCAAUGACAACAUUUUGAUUCCUGUAAUUACCAGUUUUGUGAGGAUGAAAGUGCCAUAAUGAAUAUGGAACAUAGUAGAGUGAAGAGAGCAAACUUUAAGUUACGAAGUGCUAAUUUAUGUUUAAAUAUCUAUGCUUAAAUUCAGCUUGUAGCUGAAGAUUGAACUGAUACUGUGUAAUUACUAUUGUCGAAGUAAACACUACGUUGCUAUUUAUAGAUUUGUUUAUUAAUCAGUUAAAUU